GUUGCUUUUGUUAGAAAAAUAGAAUAUUUUGCUUGUUUGAAAAGAGGUUUGACUCAUAGGUUUGGUUGGGUUUGAUUUAGCAAGUUAUGCUAGAAUUAGUGAGAUUCAUUUCAAGCAUAUGUUUUGUUGUUUCAUCAUUCUGUGUGUCUCUGCCAGCAAUACCUCACCUUCUAACAACAGCCAAUAGAAAGCCAGACUUGCUAAUAAUGAUCAGAUUGUAGUGUUGGAGUUUAAACUUUGUCCUCAGAGGUUGAUCAGAGAGAAACACACAGGACUAAGACGCACAGCGUAGUGUACAAACAUCUGUCUUCACUUCUUCUGCAUUUUUGUCAUUAAUGGUGGCAUCCCCACCGAGGUUAGGGUAAUGGAACUCUACUCAGAACAGGAUUGCGAUGGAACAGAACUGCUGGACUUGCUUUUCGAUAAGAAUGAUGGCAUCUUAUGCCAAGAGGACACGUAUUAUAAUGACCACCCUUGGCUGGUCCAAGACCCAAAUAUCGUGAUGCCAGCCCAGGUCGGCGAAGACUUCUUUAAUGCCCUACUGAGUGGGACUGACUCUGUCUCUGGGUCUCCAUUAUGGUCACCCUCUCCAAGUGACAGCGGAAUAAGUGAAGACCCCCACUCUGACCAGAACGACAGCCCCCCACCACCCACGAGUCCCCCUCUGGAGCUAUUCCACAGCCCUCCACAGACACGGCUUUCUCCUGCACAAGACUCCAGGCUCCCCAUCGAUUUCAAUGGCUUGGGCUCGAGAGUUUUCCCUGCGAGGGCAGCAGGGAUGCAGUGUGCAUCUGAACUGGCUCUGGCUCAGCCAGGCAUCCCCUUCCCCCUCACCGUCAAGGACCUGCUGCUGUCCGGCACACCAGAGCCUCCUUCACAGGUGUCACAGCAGUCCCACGAAGACCUGGUCCUCAAUGACGACGAGAAGAAGUUACUCGCAAAGGAGGGAGUGAUUCUGCCAAGUCAGCUUCCUCUUACCAAGCUCGAGGACAGGAUUCUGAAGAAAAUCCGCCGGAAGAUCCGGAACAAGCGAUCCGCCCAGGAGAGCAGGAAGAAGAAGAAGGAAUACGUAGAUGGGCUGGAGACCAGGAUGACAGCUUGCAGUGCACAGAACCAGGAACUGCAGAGGAAAGUGUUCCAACUGGAGAAAUGCAACAUGUCUCUGAUGGAGCAGCUACGUCGACUGCAGGCUAUGGUCAUGAACGGAUCCAACAAACCAGCCCAGACUGGGACCUGUGUGCUGGUGCUGCUGCUGUCACUCACCCUGAUCGUGCUGCCCAGCUUGAAGCCCUUCAGCGAGACCAAGGUCAGCCAGCCCGGAGACUUCGGUCAGCUGAGAGUGCGGUCACGGUCCCUGCGCUACCUGCAGUCUUCUCAGGUGCUGCAUGCCCUCGAGCAUCCAUACACCUUAGCAGAGGAGUCCAAGUCUCCUCCCCGUUUCCAGGGCGACAAAGGCACUGAGGAGAUAGCAUCCUUGAUGGAAAAACUUCACAGGGGGCUGGGACAUCAGUCUAAUUAUGAACCAGGACCCCGCAACACCACUCACAAUCAGCAUGAUGACCAUCACCAUGGAGACCCCAUCACUGGGCACGUAGAGACGGUGACGUUGAGUCGGCCGCGUGGUGGGCGACUCCCACCACAUGCCAAUGACAUGUGAAGGGGCGUCUCUGCCUGGGGACUAAACCCCACUCCUGCACCUGUGCUUUCACACACAGCCUUUUCAGCUUUGCCUACCAAGAUAAUAAGAAACACAGACACACAAGCAAUUUAUAGAUUUUCACUGUCAUGUAAGCUUGGUGAGCCAAAAUAAAAAUAGUAAUACGCCGGUGAUGCUUGUUGCAACCUACUUGUAAUUUCUCAUACAGUACAAGGACAGAAUUUCCAGUGAAAGAAAGAAAAAAAAGGAAUAUCUUCAGUGAAAAAUCCAUCCCAAACGAUCGCUGGAAUACUUCCAAUUCUGAACGUCUGUUUUUCAGUGAAUGCUUUGUGAAACUUGCUCCUUGAAGGCAUCCGUGCUUUAGACAUACUCUAUAAGAUUCUGAAGCCGCAAUGUCCAUAUUUUUGACCAUACUGUGGACAAACAACUCCAAUUUGUAUUUAGUCGAUUGUGUUUGUAUAUAUUUCUGAAAUGGUUCCAUUGACCUGCGGAACAAAUGCACUGCAAAACAUUUUCAUAC